AUGGCAGAAGAGUUUAGUGCCCUACUUGUAAACCAGACGUGGUCUCUUGUUCCUUGUCCAUCUGGUAUUAAUGUUGUUGGCUGUAAAUGGGUCUAUCGAGUUAAACAGAAGUCUGAUGACUCUCUUGAUCGUUGUAAGGCGAGAUUGGUAGCCAAGGGCUAUACUCAGUCACCUAGUGUAGAUUAUGGUGAGACCUUUAGUCCUGUUGUUCAACCCACAACUAUACGCCUAGUACUCUCUAUUGCUAUUUCUCGUGGUUGGUCUAUUCAUCAGCUCGAUGGGUUUAUUGAUUUUGUCCGACCAGACUAUGUUUGCAAACUACAUAAGGCAUUAUAUGGUCUCAAACAGGCGCCCCGUGCAUGGUUUAGUCGGUUUGGUUCCUUUCUACUAUCACAUGGAUUUCAAAAUAGCUGUGCAGAUUCAUCUAUAUUACUUAACUCUGAUUUUUCUAUUACUGAUCUUGGUGAUCUUCAUUAUUUUUUGGGUAUUCGCGUCAUUCGGUUGGCGAAUAGUUUGCAUCUCUCUCAGAGUAAGUAUGCUCGAGAUAUUCUUGACCGUGCUGGUUUGUUACAAUCCAAGUCUGUCUCCACCCCAUCCUCUUCUCGAUUUGCCACUAUUGAGGACUCUGUUGUUGUUGAUGGUACUUUAUACCGCAGUCUAGUGGGUGUUUUACAAUAUUUGACUCUGACUCGACCAGACAUUGCCUUUGCGGUAAAUAUAGCUAGUCAACACUUACAUGCUCCUACUUCCACUCACCUUGCUGAUGUUAAACGCAUUUUGCGUUAUAUUACCGGUACUCUCGAUUUUGGGUUGUUGUUGAAACCAGUUACUACUUAUUCUCUUACUGCAUAUUCGGGUUUUGAUUGGGCUAGUUGUCCUGAUACUCGUCGAUCUACCACUGGAUCUUUGGUUUUCUUUGGUUCAAAUCUCAUUUCUUAG